AUGGCUAAAGUUGCGUGGAUGCAUUUCGAACAAUCCGCAAUUUUAACCGUACACAACCAUGUGAUAACGCGUAAUCCACGCAUUAGUGUGACACAUGAUAAGCACGACAAACAUCGCACAUGGUUUCUUCACAUCAAUAACGUACAGGAGGAAGACAAAGGACGCUAUAUGUGUCAGAUAAACACCGUCACUGCAAAGACACAAUACGGCUUCGUCAAAGUUGUCGUGCCUCCGAACAUUGAUGAUGCACUCACUUCCAGUGAUGUCAUUGUACGUGAGGGCGAUAAUGUCACGCUACGUUGCAAGGCAAAAGGUAGCCCGGAGCCAUCAAUUAAAUGGAAACGAGAUGAUGGCAAUAAAAUUGUUAUAAACAAAACAAUGGAGGUAUCGGAAGUAGAAGGAGAUGCUUUGGAAUUGGAGCGUAUUUCUCGCCUGCACAUGGGUGCAUAUUUAUGCAUUGCCACUAAUGGAGUACCGCCAAGUGUCUCGAAGCGAAUUAAAGUCAGCGUAGAUUUUUCACCAAUGGUUUGGAUACCACAUCAGUUAGUCGGCAUACCAAUGAACUUCAAUGUCACACUUGAAUGUUUCAUCGAAGCGAAUCCUACGUCACUUAAUUAUUGGACACGUGAAAACGAUCAAAUGAUUACGGAGUCAUAUAAAUACAAAACUGAAACAAUAGCCGGUAAUCCAUCGUAUAAAGCAACAAUGCGUCUAACGAUUACAAACGUACAAAAGAGCGAUUACGGGAGCUAUAAGUGUGUCGCCAAAAAUCCUCGUGGCGAAAUGGAUGGCACCAUAAAGCUAUACAUGUCGAGUCCACCUACUACAAUACCGCCACCAACAACAACCACAACAAUACGCAUAACAACGACUGAGAGGUACAACUUCAAUACGGCAACUUAUGGCGAUGUGCCAACAAAUUCAGUGAUUUCCAUCGAUAAAACGAACACCAAGUACCAGUCGAAUUUAAAUGAAAUCGGUAAAUCAGAACAAAAGCUCACCGGUGACAACUUGAAAAGCUACGAUUGGUCAAAGGAUAAAAGCAAUGCUGCUUCAAUUGGAUUCAGUGUGAAUUUUAUUGUGGCACUGGUCUUUGGCAACAUAAUCUGGACCAAUCUUUGGCGGCUUCUCUUGACAGCUACUGUCGGACGCGGUUUAAGCGUAAGCGUAACAUAUACGCAAGCGUAAAGCGUUAAGGCGAUCCUGCAACUUCAAAUUUACGUAGUACGAGCUAAAUCCAAAACACAGA